AUGGGCUUCCCCAACUCCUCGCUCACUUCCCUCCCCAAACCUACCUCAGACCACACCCCAAUCCUGCUCACGGUCAGCACCUCCAUCCCCAAACCGAACCUCUUCCGCUUCGAGAACGGAUGGCUCAAGGAUCGUGACUUCCUGCCUUCCGUUCUUCCGGCCUGGCACAGACAUCCGCAGGGGGGCGCGGCAGGCGUUCUGGCAGAAUCCCGUGUUCUCUCCACAGGGGAGCUGUUCGUUCGACAGGAAUGCCAAGAGAAGCUCGCCACCUCCUUGCGUGCGCGUGCGGCAUACUGGAAGCAGCGCGGCAAGCAGCGCGCUAUACGGGAAGGCGACUCCAACACCCGGUUUUUCCAUGCGCAUGCCAGCCAGCGCUUGCGCCGGAAUCAAAUCCGGGCACUGGAAGUGGACGGGAACACGAUCACGUCCCACGAAGCGAAGACGGCGGCGCUGACGACGCACCUCCGGUCCCUGCUCGGCGAGGUGCAUGCCACUACCUGGUCCUUCUCCCUCGAAGAGCUUUAUGCAGUGGCUCCAACUGUCAGCGGCGAGCCCCUCGUUGCUCCUUUCACCGAGCCGGAGGCGCGCGCAGCGGUGCAGGCUAUGAACCGGAACAGCUCCCCUGGCCCAGACGGCUUCGGCCCAAGCUUCUACCUAGCUGCCUGGGACACGGUUGCUGGCGCUGUUAUGGACCUCGCACACGCUUUCCACCGCGAGGAGGCAGGGCUCGAGCGGCUGAACCGUGCUUUCGUGGUCAUGAUCCCCAAGCACUGCGCAGCUACCCGUGCGGGGGACUACCGCCCGAUUUGCCUACAGAACUGCUCCCUGAAGAUCGUCGCAAAGAUGUUGACAACAAGGUUGCAAGCUGAAAUCCCCCGGAUCAUUGAUGUGGACCAAACCGGCUUCAUCAAGGGGCGGUCGAUCUCGGAGAACUUCAUCUACGCCAUGGAACUAGUCCAGUGCUGCAACAAACGGAGGUUGCCAACACUCGUCCUGAAGCUUGACUUUGCCAAGGCGUUCGACUCAGUGAACUGGGAUAGCUUGCAAAGAAUCAUGGCAGUGCGCGGUUUCCCCCAGCUUUGGUGUCGCUGGGUCGCGGCCCUCCUGUCCUCGUCCAAGUCGGCGGUGCUCGUCAAUGGCACGCCAGGCCCCUGGUUCUCUUGCAAACGGGGUGUCCGCCAGGGAGACCCUCUCUCCCCCUACCUGUUCCUGAUUGUGGCUGACGUCCUGCAACAGAUGGUUAAGCAAUGUCCGGGGAUCAAACACCCCGCGGAUGACAACCUGCCAUGUCCGGUGCUGCAGUAUGCCGAUGAUACUCUUGUGGUGCUGCGGUCAGAUCCUGCAAGUGUGCGGCUACUGAAGAGGAUCCUUGAUGCUUUCUCAGCGGCAACGGGGCUCAAAAUCAACUACAACAAAAGCACCAUUGUGCCCAUGCAUACUUCCCCGGUGGAUGUUGCCGAGCUGACCGGGGUUCUUGAAUGUCAGGUUUGCCAGACGAAAGAGCAGGGUGGUCUGGGGAUAAAAGAUCUGGCCAUGCAGAACAAGUGCCUCCUCUUGAAAUUGCUUCAUCGUCUGCACAAUCCAGGAGAAUCCGCCUGGGCAGUCUGGGUACGCAGCAAGAUGGACCUCGUUACGAUGCACGGCGGGCUAGCAGGCACGCACUGGCAGGACCUGGAGGAUCUGCUCCCGAUGUACCGGGCGGUCACGGCCUGCAAAGUGGGAAACGGCGACGACACCAGCUUCUGGGGUGAUCGUUGGCUUGCUGUUGGGCGCCUGUCAGUACAGUUCCCUCUUCUUUUCUCCCAUGCCACCACUACUGAGGUUUCUGUCGCAAGUGUGCUCGGUGCCGGGAUUGAACAUUUCUUGGUUCCCCGCCUCUCGGCUGGAGCGCGGGCAGAGCUUGCUACGCUCAGGGUUUCUCUGAUGGGAGCGCAGCUGAAUGAAGGCGCUGACAUAAGAUUCUCACUGCUGGCUUGUGAGGGGGAUGCCCUGCGUGCUGGGCCAAUCUACCGGCUCUCCAUGCAAGCCCUGGGGGCCGAUCAGUGUGAAUUCACAGAGUUUGUUUGGCGCAAUCGUGCUCCUCCACGGGCGCAAUUCUUUGCAUGGCUUCUGGCACGUCAACGGCUGAACUGUCGAGCCAACUUGAGCGCCAAACACCUGCUGGACGACGCCAAGUGCGAGGUUUGUAGUGUUGAGGAUGAAGAUUGCCAGCACCUGAUCCUCUCCUGCCCGUUUGCAAGUCAAGCUUGGCAUGCGCUGGGCAUGGACGCCAGCCAGGGAGAAGUGACAAAGCUCUGGGCCUUUCCCCGCCCGACAUCUAUUCCAUCAAAACACUUUGACAGCUUUGUUCUGCUGAUCUGUUGGAACCUCUGGAAGCACAGGAACGAGGUGAUAUUCAGAAGCCUCCCACCCUCACAUCGAAGGCUCUGGGACGCCUGCCGGAGCGAGGCACGGGAAUGGAGUUAUAGAUGGAAGAGGGAAGACUACAUUGUGUGUGAUGCCUGGUGCGCUGUGUUCUCCAAUAUGUAG